GGCGGCUCAUAGAGCAUUGCCGCCGUGGAUCACCAUCAUCGGCCACCUCGUCACCAUUCUCUCUCCUUCACUAAUCGCCACCAGACGUGGAAGCCGCCAGCCAUCUCCUUCCGCCUCGCCACCGGACGUGGCCGGCGUUGCCGUGGUUUGAAGCUUCGAAGGUCUCCGUAAAUCUCUCACCUCUUUUGUUUUCCAGCCAGCCAUCCACAGGCUGAGGCAAGCGCUUUUGCCCGGCCCUCAGAAAAAGGUUGAGAAUGGCAAAGUCCACGUCUAGUGAUGCUCAGAUGCUCAUUCGUUCUUUGCGUACUGCUUAUGCUGCCACGCCAACUAAUCUCAAAAUCAUUGAUCUUUAUGUGGUUUAUGCUAUUGUUACAGCUGUAAUUCAGGUUGUCUACAUGGGAAUAGUUGGAUCAUUUCCAUUUAACUCUUUCCUCUCUGGAGUUCUCUCUUGUGUAGGUACAACGGUUCUUGCAGUCUGUCUCCGCAUUCAAGUCAACAAAGAGAAUAAGGAGUUUAAGGAUCUACCACCAGAGCGAGCUUUUGCUGAUUUUGUUCUCUGUAAUCUGGUGCUUCAUCUGGUCAUCAUGAACUUCCUUGGGUAGGAGAAACCAUGCCUUGGUGCACCGAAGCAUAGAAUUAUGUUUCUGGCGCUUCCUAUUGAACUUCAAAGUGAUAGCACAACUUACAGUUUUGCCAUGUAUAAACCGAAUGAUCUACAUGCUCUAUAGUUUGCACCUUUUGUUUCAUGAAUUGAUCAUCGCUGCCUUCGAGAGGCUGUCCUUUUUGGGAGGCGUUCUUGCAUCAAAGUGGCGUCAUGUGACUGCUUAUUUAUUCUGCUUUCAGGUGUUUUUACUAGAGUGAAGAUACUUGAAAAGUUUGCAUAAUGUUGCUUAGCUUUGGAGAUGAUAAUUGUGGAAUCCA